AUGUACUCACCCUCUCCUCCGCCUGUAACGGCGAACACUAACCCAUAUGUAUACAUGAACCACCAGCCAGUGCUUUCAUCAGGACAAUAUGUGCCUCGCACGCAGUCAUCGGCGCUGGGCGGCAUGGGUAUGCCGACACCGUCUGCAGGUGCUGCUGCGGGCGUCUCAUCGUCCUCGGCCGGCGCCUCAUCGUACACACAUAGCCCAGCCUUGAGUGGUAUGGCACCAAAUCGGUUUGGUAAUGGAAGUAUGGGCUGGAUGCAGCGUCAGCAGCAAACAUCUCAUUUUCCAGGACAUUAUGGCUCAUCGUCUAUGUCGUCUUUGCCGCAAUCUGUCAAUCACUCUGUGAGCUCUGCUGGCAUGACUCCGUCUUCGCCCAACUAUGCAGGGAUGAAUUCUCCUCAUGGUGUGCCACUCAUGAAGACAGCUAUGUCGCCCGCUGGCCAACAUACUACCCACACAGCAAGCGCGAGCAUGUCUACGUUUGCUAAUUCUUCGCCCGAAUGGCAGCAGCAGAUCAUGUGUGCAGAGAUCUCGCGACAAUCGUUUGCACCGCAUCAUCAUGCUCGUGCAGCAGCAUUAGCGGCCCGAAGUUCCGUGAACAACGGGCAAGAUCCCAAGAAAGGCAUUCAACUGCCUACGGGUGUUGUAGCCAAUGGAUUGUCCUUCCCCUUCAAGGGCUCAGAAGACGCAGGACGGUCUGCCGAUGACCAGCAGGUCAUGUCGCCUAGCAAGUCGGCAGGAUUGCGCACGAAGAGUUCCAACUCCGAUGAUGAUACAGAUAAAACUUGGUCCAUCAUUGAUAUGGGUGGUUUGAAGCUGAAAAACAUUGGCGACCAGGUUUUCCGUUAUACCUUCCUGACAUCUCUUUUCAUUAACCACAAUAACCUUACGUCGAUAUCCCCUGCCGUGGUGCAACUGCGUAAUCUUACUGUGUUAGAUGCAAGUGGUAACCAGCUUGUCAUGAUCCCUCCUGAGCUGGGUAUGCUGACUGAGCUACGCGCACUCUUCCUUUUCGACAACCAGCUGACGGUGCUUCCUCCUGAGCUUGGUACAUUGUACCAACUGGAAAUGCUUGGAGUGGAAGGUAAUCCGUUGCAAGACAACCUCAUGGAUGUCAUUAAGCAAGAUGGCACACAGGCGCUUAUUGCCUUCCUUCGUGAUUCGUGCCCUGUGCCUGUACCACCUCCUGAGCGUGAGUGGAUUACCCUGGACGCUGAUGUCCCUGCCGCUGCUUCCGAAGAAGAAAGCUCGAAGAAUACAUUCGCUGUUCUGUCAUAUAAUGUACUGUGCGAAAAGUAUGCGACAGUGCAGAUGUAUGGCUACACUCCUAGCUGGGCAUUGGCCUGGGACUAUCGCAAGGAAUUUAUUCUUCAGGAAAUCAUCAGUUAUGCUCCGGAUAUUUGCUGUUUGCAAGAGCUCGAAAUGGGUCAAUACGAGGAGUACUUUGAGCCCAAACUGAAGCAGAACGACUACGAAAGUAUCUUCUGGCCUAAAACACGUGCACGAACGAUGCGUGAAGACGAGCGACGGCAUGUGGAUGGCUGUGCCACGUUUUUCAACUCACGUGUGUACCAGCUGGUCGACAAGCAGGUGAUUGAGUUCAACCAAAUUGCCUUGCAGCGGCCAGAUUUUAAGAAGACAGAAGAUAUUUUCAACCGUGUCAUGACGAAGGACAAUAUUGCGGCUGUUGCGAUGCUUGAACAUCGUGCUACCGGUGCCAAGUUGUUGGUAGCGAACUGUCACAUGCAUUGGGACCCCGAGUUCCGGGAUGUGAAGCUCGUGCAGUCGGCUAUGCUUCUUGAGCAGCUCGACUUGGCCGGUAACCGCUUCGCGAAGAUGGCGCCACAGGUAACUCCUAGCGAUGGCAUCAAGCCACCGACAUAUGCCAAUGGCAAGCAAAUUCCUACCAUCGUUUGUGGCGACUUCAAUUCAUCACCUGACAGUGGUGUAUACGAGUUUAUGAGUCAGGGCUCCGCUCCACCCGAUCAUGAAGACUUUAUGAAUCAUACGUAUGGUAUGUAUACGUCGGAGGGUCCUCGUCAUGAGUACUCUUUGCGCAGUGCAUACAAUAGCAUCGGCGAACUUCCCUGCACGAACCACACGCCGGGCUUCCGUGGCGCGAUUGAUUAUAUCUGGUACACAUCGAAUACAUUGGCCGUAUCUGGGCUAUUAGGAGAAGUCGAUUCCAACUAUUUGUCACGCGUCGUGGGCUUCCCCAAUGCUCAUUUCCCCUCCGACCAUAUCUGUAUUCUUGCUGAGUUCAAGAUCAAGCCCCCGUCAACAGGAGAAUCGUCGCGCUGA